GCGUUGGAAGCUCUCCGUGCCCGCCUAUGGGCGCCCUUGUGGGCGGAGCUUCUUAUAUCCAGCCUCCACGCCACACCUCCCUCUCCGAGAACUCUGAUUGGGCCGCGCCAUGUGGCUGCUUCUUCCAUUGGCUCCGCCUCGUCCUGCUCUUUAGCCUGAGGGAAAGUCCCUUUUGAAGUAGAGGGAAGAAGCGGCAGAGUGGAAUCUAGAGAGGGGGGCGGAGGUGAACAACAGCCCUGCAGGGUAGUCCGAAGUCAGCCCGGCAGAGUGGGCCGGCGACCAUCUCCACUGACAGGCCCACGCGCGGAACGGGGAGGCCGGAAGGCACGUGGCUGUCGGGGCGAUGCUGUGUCGCCUGCUCAGCCGCUUCAGUCGGGCAGUGAGGCUCCCCGAAGGAGAACUCUCUGUCCCCGGCCGGUCCUGUCCUGAGGCCCCGGCCAGGCCCCUCCAGACGGACGAGGCGCCACCGCCGCUCCCCGAGCAUCAGGAGACCGGCAGAAGCCAUGACAGGAGCAAACAGCAACGUGAACAUGGAUGUGGAAACCUUUUACAUCGCUGCACCUCUUUGGAUGCUUUCACCUGGGGGGUCGUGGCUGUCAUUGCUCUGGAGUUGGCCAAGCAGAUCCAAUGGCUAAAUUCUUUGCAGAUAGGAGGAAGACAUACCAGGCUGUGUUGGUUGAAGGGUCAUCUUGCUGUUUUGCCUCCUCAUCAGCACUCGGCCCCUCUUGCAACUUCGUCUGCACACUUUAGCAGAGGGAAUAAACCACAGUUCUUUCUGGGAGCAGACACUGAACAUGCACCGGAGGCUCCGUCUCCUAGCAAAACCUCACGGUCUGAAGAACACCUGGUACCAUCAGAAGCAGAGGACUUACCUCCCAGCCCAGGCCCUGAAACGCCUUCAGUCUCUCUGCAUUCACAGGGAUGCCUAGAGCAGCAGAAGUCCUUUGAUGAAGCUGCGUUGCAAGUGCAGCAGGCGUUCCAAACGAGCAUUUCCAUGGCGUUCAACAUCCUUGGGCUGGAACACCUGCAGAAGAGGCAGCACACGGCAGCCUUCCACUUCUUCAAGCUGGCUGCAGAUCAGAAUUACCCCAAAGCCCAGUUCAACGUGGGGCUGUGCUAUGAACAUGGAAGGGGCACCAAAAAGGACAUGGCAAAGGCGAUCCUCUACUACCAGCGGGCGGCUCACCAAGGACACACUAUGGCCCAGUACCGCUAUGCCAAGUGGCUUCUACGGAGCUGGCCCAAAGUGGAAGAAGACAGCAGUGUGCAGGAGGCAGUGGAUUUGCUGGGACGGGCGGCCGCUGCAGGGCUGACCCAGGCACAAGUUUAUCUAGGUGUGCUCUGCCUAAAGGGGCUGAAGACUGGCAGGAAAACGGCAAUGAAAUAUGUACCUGUGGCAGUCCAGAGGAAGGAUUCCUUCAGCAGGAUCCCUUUGGACCUCUGCUAUGAAAAGGCCUUUGGACCCCUCCAGAACCAUCAGGCAGCUGAGAAGCGCAACAAGCAAGCAGAAGCGUCAGGCUCAAAGCCUGCCCAGGAGAGCGUGCCAGCAACGGCGCAGCAGCAGAUAGCAGGUAUGCAGAGCCAGCAUCGGUUCGCUGUUGCUCCGAGACCAUUUUUCUCCAGCCCCUGUCUCCAGAGCCUGAGUCAGCCGCCGAUUGCUCACGCUGGACCACCAGUUCUGGACCUGAUCCAUUCCCAAAGCACAGGAAACCUCAGGGAUGUGACCUGCCUACCUCAGCCAGCCUUCCCAGAUUGUUUCCCCCUUAGCCUACGCCCUCUGGCCUGGUCUCGAGGAAUAGCCAUUGGCUGACACAUAGCUCGUCGGAAAAGCUUCUUCUGUCUGCCUCGAAGGCUAGGAGCAAGUCUCCAUGCUAGCACUUGUCAAACUUUUCAAUUCUGCUAAUUCUUCCACUUUUUUUACUUCCGUUGUGCAAACUUCCUUUGUCCUCCUCCCCAAAAGUUGCCAUUGGAGGCUUAGAACAAUGCAUGUUGCAGCCAAAUAAAGGAACUCUGCUAGCUGAA